UCCUUCGGUUGCCCUCGAUCGGUACAGGAACUACUGCCACGAUCCUUCUGGAAACUGCACUUGCGGUGACAACUUACCAAAUGGCAAGGAAAUAAUCUCGGUCGAGAGGGAAAGUCAUGCAUACAGAUUGCGUAAAUUGUCUUGUUUAGGGUGCUGCUAAUAAUACAGCAACUUUUACAAGAAAACAAACAUGGAUCGAAGAGAGACAUCUACUACAUGCACCCCGCUCUUUUCUUGGGUAGAAUUUUCCUCUUAACUUCCUUACAAAAGAUAUCAGACUUAAAAAUAGAUACAAUGUUUAAUUAUUCAUUUCAUUUUAACAGCUUUUUUUAUUCAGAAACAUCCGUUUAUUUUAUUGCAUUAAUGGAGAAGACUACAGAUCACAUCUUCAGGGCAACUUCAUUUAUCAGACAUUUGAACUUAGGAAACUGCUACUUCGGUAGCAACAGCGAGUUGCAUACAAUACUGUUAUUACUUGUCUUGUAUUACAUAUAACUUAAAGUACUCUGUUCUAGCAUUACUACAAUUUUUCGAAUGACUCUACCAAUUGUUGCAUAAUUAUGUUGUGUUCGACACAUCUGGUUUUCCACUUAAAAUGUGAUCCAUGAAAGUGCUUGAUCAGUAGACCUCAACAUUGGUUAACGUAACACAAGUACUUCAACAUGAUGAACUUUGUGAAACGAAUUUAAUAAUUGAUUGAUGGUGGCAUGCAUAUCAUCGACUUUAAUAGAUGGGCAUAUUCAUAGCUUAGACUUACAUGAUUUAUUUGGUUAAAGGCACAGGGAAUAUCUUUGGUGUGUUGAAGAAUCAAUUGGAAAAAUCUUAAAGGAAUUCUCAUAUCUGCUACAGAAAGGAAUUCUCAUAUCUACUACAGCUAUACAGAGUUGUGAACAUAAAGUAUGACAACUUGUAAACAUAGGCUUGAUUUUACAUCAUGAUUUUUAAAAUAUUUUCACAUUGAAGGUGGUGUGACCCAUAUUGGAUGCUAAGAAAAUUCUUGAAUUUGCUGAUCCAAAAUUUUCUUCAAUUAUUCCCACAUUUUCUGAAAUGACAAUGCAAUGUCUACUUCCAUGUCACAGCAAAGUGCCAACUUUAUAAUACUAGUUCAUAUUUAUCAUGUCUCCCAUCAACAUUAUUUGUUGAAAGAUCAGGGCCACUCAUUUACCCUGUAAGCUCAAAACAUGAACAUAUUCUGCUGCUUGAUUAGUUAAAACCCUUUUUCUCUUGUGAUCAUGCUGUCCUCAUGGAAGUAGAUUGAUUUUGGUUGUGAGCUGAAUGUUGAUAUCCUCAACAAGGUAUACAGUGUUUUUUUUUUUUUUUGCUUUCCAGAUUUUAUAUGAGGAAUCAAAUAUUGGUUUAUAUAUGCAUAAUAAGUUGGUGAGCACCUGCUACACAAAACGCAUACUUUUGCAUUUAAAUAUUGUUAUAUUGCAGAGCAAGCAGUUGUUGAUCGGGCAAUCAACAACAUUUGCAUUCUCUUAAAGUGCAGCCGUCAGCAUCUCAAUGUGGUGCCUGUAGGGAGAGGGUAGAUCCUGAUACUUGGACUGGUCACUGUCAUGUUGAUUCUUUCUUUGUAUUACCCUAUAGUUUUGAUGUCUGCAAGUUCUGUUACACUUAGUUCAGAGAGCUAUGAUCAAUCUCACAAACAUUCAUAUGUUACCAUCCUGCUUAGUUUUCUAUCACUGUAAAUGAAGUUCUUGAUCUUAUCCUGUUGCCCAUUUACGCUUAUCAUUCUAGUGAAAUAUAAGUUUGUGUUAAAGCUUACUUUACCUUAAGCCUAUUUUUGGUUUAAAAAACAAACAUGCCUGCUCUUUUUGAGAAUCACUUUGUUCUUCUCAGAUUGGUGAUGGGUUGGUUGAGAUUUCUAGAAGCUGGUAGGAAGAUUUAUUGCAUAAAUAGCCCCAGCACUGUCUAUCCUAUUCCUGUGUGUCUUGAAGAAGUAGAAGUGUUUCAGCGGUUAGCAAAUGAUAGAUUUUGUGAGAGGAAUCAUUGCAUUGUCAUUACAGGAAGAGGCUAUCCGGAUGUCCCUACAAGAAGGUUCUUGUGCCUUCUUGUACAACAUCUGCAUUUGCCAGUGUAUUGCUUGGUAGAUUGUGAUCCUUAUGGCUUUGACAUCCUGAUGGUCUAUAGGUUUGGUUCCAUGCAAAUGGCGUAUGAUGCCAAUUUGUUGCGUGUACCUGAGAUAAGUUGGCUCGGAGUCUUCCAUUCAGAUUUGCAGAAGUACCAUCUUCCAGAUCGCUGUCUUCUCGAGCUGACAUCUGAUGAUAAGAAGAAAGCUGAAGCAAUGCUGCUGAGAUGCUAUUUGCAAAAGGAAGCACCAAAAUGGAGGAUGGAGCUGGAAGUCAUGCUACAAACUGGAGUAAAAUUUGAGAUCGAAUCAUUAUCUGUCAACUCGCUGUCGUUCUUAUCAGAGUACAUCCCCACGAAGAUUCACGAUGGAAGUUACCUAUAGGUUCUGUUGUACACAUGAUCUUAUUAGUUCGAGGCUACAAGGCCAAGAUGUGGAUGAGUUUUGGGAGUACGAAGCAGCAAAUGGUGCAAGUUGGUGAUAGUGGUGAUAGUUUAAGAUGACGAAUCCAACUUGCCACUCGCUGAAGGCAAUGACUAUAAAGCUUAAUAUUCUGCAGGAAUCAGCAUGUCAUCCAAAAGAAAGAGAACAAGCAAAGCAGCAAAAGCCACGGCCUUAAGGCAGCCAAUUAAUUGAACCCAAUGCCCAAAUAUGUUGUUGGAUUGCCUCCAGAGUCUGUGAUGGCUAAUCCUUAGAGUCUCCAACUGAUGGCAGAUCACGUCAAGAAUGGAGAGUGCAUGUGGCCCUCGCAAGACCGGUCUCCCCUUCAUGCCUGUCCAAGUCAACUUAGGGUCGACUAGCUUUCCCGCAUGCGGUAGUCAACGUUCAG